AACAUUUUGCCACCUUCAUAUCUCAUAUGCAAAUCCACCACUAUAAAAAAACCACAAACUUAGAUCAUUUCAUCCCAUUCAAAUACAACUAAAUCUUCAAUCUUCAUAAAUUUCAAAAGUCAAGACAAUCACGUUCAAUACGCGAGAAUGGCAAUUCAGAGAAUUGAAAUGAUUUUGGUGGUGUCGGCUAUGCUUUGUAUAACAGGAGCCAUGGCUCAGUCUUCAAGCUGCACAACUGUCCUGAUUAGCUUGUCACCGUGCCUUAACUACCUCUCGAAAAACACUUCGACUCCUUCUUCGAGUUGUUGCUCUCAGCUCGGAACCGUUGUUCGAACAUCACCACAGUGUCUUUGUGAGGCUCUCAAUGGCGGUGGCUCCUCUUCCGGGCUUAACAUUGAUCAAACGCGAGCAGUUGCACUUCCGGGAGCUUGCAAUGUUCAAACUCCCCCCUUAAGCAGCUGCAAUGUUGGUUCACCAGCAAAUUCUCCAGCAGGAUCUCCAGGAAAUCAAAACAGAGUCCCUUCAGAUUCUGGGUCCAAAACUAUACCUUCAACCAACAAUGGAUCUUCUUCAAAGAUGGCAAUCUCCCUGCUCUUUGUAGCCAUUUGUAUUGCUUAUUUCGGAUCUAGCGUAUAGCUAUUUUGAGAAUAUUCAAUCAUCUCAUUUCUUUGUUGUCAACUUCUAAACUUUAUUAUUUAUUGUUUGUGACCUCUUUAGGGUGUAUUUUUUUUGUAUGACUAAAGAGGCUU